AUGUCGCGAAACAUCGAUCAGUGGCCCGCGCCGCGGGAAAGUAAGAAGUUGAAAGUGAUUAUUGCGAGCGCUAGUCGGUCAGGAACCCUCGGUCUUUACAAGGCGAUGAAAAUCUUGGGUUACAAGCCAUACCAUAUGUACGAGUGCUGUGCCAUAGGUGGCGUGCCCCAUAUGAAGGUUUUGAAGGAAGCGGUCACCUCUGAACACAAUCGACUGUCUGGAAUCAAGAAAUACACAAAAGCCGAUUACGAUAAGUGGUUAGCUGACUACGACUGCGUGGUCGAGAUCCCGUCUUACGUGGGACCGGAUCUUAUUCAAGCUUACGCCCAAGACCCGGAUGUCAAAUUCAUCUUUACCGAGAGGCCGCCUGAGAAGUGGGCAGUUUCUGUCAACAACACAGUCGCGGGAGUCGUGGCUGCGGGCGACCGUUUCCCAUUUUCUAUCCUCAAAUAUUUCGACACCACUCUCUACGAAUUCUUCACUCUCAAUAAGGUCAUGUAUGGCGCACUCACUGGUUGUACUAUGCCUGGACAUCCGGACAAUGAACGCCUGCUUCAGAAGUGGUAUACCGACUACGUGAAAACAGUUAAAGCCAUCGUCCCCGCUGACCGUCUUUGUCACAUUCAACUCAGUGACGGACUCAACUGGGAAAAGAUCUGCCCUUUCCUUGAUCUGCCGAUUCCAACGGAGGAGUAUCCCGAUCGGAAUGAGCCAGAGAAGUUCAAAGCCCGGGUUGAAGGCUUCCUGAAGUCAAAAGUCAUAAGCCUCGCCUUCGUCCUUGCCCUCCAGGUCCACUGCCAUGAUGGCAAUAAUAUUCUGGACCCGGACAGGGGCAUCAAUGUCCUGAUUUUCCUCGCACAGAUGAUCCACCGCGCCAUUCUUCACCCCCAGGCUCUGCCAGGCAUCCUGCGCGUUGUAAACGGGCGUCACGGCAGUACCCAGACUCGCAGUGGUAGCGGUAUCCACGCUUGA